UUACGAAGUUAAGUAACCUUGAGAUUUCAGACCUCGAUUUAGGCAUCUACAUUGCCAGUGCCCAGUGUGGUUAUCUUGAAGUUCAGAUUUUCAACCACGUGCAUAUUGUAAAAUGGACAGAGGUUCACUUCUUGUGGCAGUUUCUUCUCUCCUAGAUCCUACUAUCGAUAAUAAUCGACGAAAUGAAUGUUUCAUGGUAGCUGAAGACUAUAAAACAAAGCGAUUUCAGUUUCAUGAUACGGAUUUUCUAUGCAAUCCAAGCCAGCCUUCAGUAAUUGUGCUUUUUGGACUUCAGUGUCUGGAUCAUUAUUUAAAGUAUUACCACUUACCCUGCACCUUAAUUUCAGGCAUCAAUGGGGGCAUAUUGACGUUCACACUAAACACCUUCUCAAGCAAAACAUUUUUCAACUCGCUCAAGGAGUAAAUCUUUCAUUUUCUUAUUCAAAUAGAUCCAUAAUUAUCGGUUUUCAAAAGAAGAAAUGCGAGCUUUCAGCUUAAUGCUCAGUCAAAUUAUCGUUUUCCUCAUCAAAUGUGAAUGGCCUCAACAGUGGCCUUCUAUGUUACCUGAAUUUUUGUCUUUGGGGAAGAUAGGGGUAUGUAACAGUUUAUCUUAUCUCUUCUUAGAUUCCUCAGACUAAGUUAGUGCUGAACUCGUUCUUAAGACUAUAUGAAGACGUCGUGCAGUUUCAAGAUAUCCCAUCAUCUCGGCGACGUGAUAUUGUGACUAGUCUGAAUGACAACUUGAGUGACAUAUUUUGCUUCGCGCUUGAUAGUAUAAUAGAGCAACUAUUACCUCUUCAUUCAGUAUGCACCUGAUUCAUAUUUUACUGAAUAUAAUUUAGAACUCAUUUACGAAUUACGAAUCACUUGAGGUUUGCCAUGAGUCUUUGUGCACACUGGGGGGAUUUCUCGAAUCUUGUCGCCUGAGCGUUUUGACCUCUUGGUCUCCUUCAGAAAUAGCUAUGAAGAGUUUCAAUCUUAGUCGUACUUUGCCUUUCUUAAGUCUAAUGACUAGACUUAUCGGGAUUUGUGGUUUACAAACUGACGCUUUGAACCUAGUCAAUGUUUUGCUGUGUAGACGAAUACAACCCGGAACCGAAAUACCUGAUUCGUAUGGUCCAACUAUUGCCGACAGUUUCUUGAAAGAACCCAUGGGAUCUUCCUCCCCGUGUAAUAACCUCAUAAAGGUUUUAUGGUAAGCCAGCCAUUUAACUACGUCAUUUUUUAUCCUUUUCAGUUGAUAAAUAAGCUAUAUAAUUUUUUUAUAGCUCAUCUUUGUCUGAGAAUCCUGAAUAUUCUGAUGAACGUCACAACUUUCUGAGAUUAUUCGGUGAGGUUAUGGUUCAUAUUGGUUGCCAUAUGGUUGUCCACUGGAAAGAGUAUUCAUAUGAAUGCACCCUAUGCAACUGUUUCGACCACGAUGCUUGUGAUUGUCCGAAUUUACCGUCUCAUCUUUUCCAAGCCAUUUUACGCUUGACUGCCUAUCCAAUUCAUGUGAUAUCAUCGUGCACAAGCAGUUUUUGGAUUACUGUUCUUCGUUCAGAUGAAGAAUCACUGCUUAACUUAACUAAGGGGUUCGCACAUGACCUCUUUACGAUUUGGCGAAGGAAUUCAUUGAAGGUUGGUCAACCAUGUGGGACUGGUAUUCAAAGUGAAUGGAAUCGUAGAAUUUUUGAGUCUGAUGACCAUACUAGCUUUUUUGCGCGUUACAGAAAUGAUUUAGUAAAGUGUUUGUCAACUGGAGCAUCUUGUUGGCCGGAAAUAUUUCUACCUUUGUGCAUAUCGUGGAUAGAGAUAUUGAUCCAGACAGCUCCAGCUGCUCAAGAUUAUGAGGAAGAUACUAGAUUUUUGUCACCUAUAUCACCUCUAGUACUCGAAUGGGAAGCAGUAGAUUCAUUUUUGGAACCAUGUUUGUCAGCAGUUGAACUAUCAUUGAAAGCUCGUCAUUCUGAUAUGGACAUGGGUUCAAAAGUGAAAAAUCUAAUUCAUGCAAUUUUACAAUCUCCAAAUAUCACAGAUCCACUUCUUAGAGCUAAAUGCCUGGCUUGUAUAUCGAUGCUUUUGCAACAUACUGAUUCAGAUAACGAUUCGGAACUGUUAGUUUUGUUUUUAAACAAGAUUUUUGAAUCUUUGAACUCUUGUCCUGCUGUUGAUGAAUCUCUGUUCGUCUCUACGCUUGAUUUUGUAAACCGGCCAAAGCAAGUUAAAGUUUUGCAUUUAGCGUCAGCAACAUCAUUUCUCCGUUUCACUCGCGCUCAUCCUGUUCGAAUGAUGCCUUAUUUUGAUAAAAUUCUUACUGAAAUAAAUAGACUUUGGACGGGGAAAAUUUGUGGAAGCAUGGAGAAAGGAAUUCUUUUGGAGGCUUUGGUAAUACUUGGCUUUCGGGUUCCUCAACCAAUCGAUAUACAGUUCAAUUUUCUUCAAAGUUUACUUGUUAAUGUUUAUGGUCCAUGGUGUGAUCAAGAUCCGAACAAUGAUAAACUAUUUUCAGAAUUAUUACAGGCCUGUGAAUCGGGUGCAUCUGGAUUAGUCACAGCUUUGGGUCUUGAUAAACCAUUUGAGCAACUAGGAAACUUGGAAUCUCCAUUUGUUCGAAUCCGGAUAAAUUUAAAUCACAAUGUUCGCUCAUUGUUAGCAAUAUGUAGACGGCUGGCUGAGCCUUGCAAUAGUCAGCAGCUUGAGAACAUAUCAUUACCCAUUUUGGAACCAGUCUUGUCUCCAGUUUUGCGUGUACUACGGGCAUUUAACGAACUCUGGUUACCAGAAACUUUAAAAAUGGUGCAUCCAACGAUAAUUCCCGUAUUACGUCAAACAGAUCAGAUUAAGUUGUGUCUUUUAAACAACCAGUUUCAACAUAUGUUCAAGUCAUCAGAUGAUACAAACCCUUCGUUGCAUAGACUACGCAUUUUUCUUAAUGAAUGUCAUGAAAAUUUGAUGAUGAUUGUUGGACUGUUAUUUGUUUCCUUGGGAUCGAAAUUUUAUCGUUUACCAACUGAACAGUUGAGAAUUGCAUUACAUGAUGGUUGUUGUGCUGCAUUUGAACAUUUACCUGAUCUAAAACUCAACAAUCUUUUGCGAUCUAUUAUUCGUCCUUUUAUUCGUUACUGUCCUAGACUGUAUUUUGAAACUGCAGUUGCUCCUUUAAUCCCUCCUGUAGUUGAAGCAGCUAUUGAAAGAACUGGAGCACGAUGGAAUGAACUGAAUAUGGCUGAUGAACGUAAUUGUGAAAAUGAAGAAGCGAUUGUUGCUGAACUUGUUUUGGACAGAUCAGCUCGUUUGUUAAGCCGAACGUGUUUGGACAUGUUACGUUUGAUAUAUACUUUUAAUGGCUAUGAAAUAUCUGAACAGUUUAACAGUCCCAAGGAAGAUGGUGGUGAAAUUGAGGAUGGGGAUGAUGUAGAUAUGUCAGAAACAAUGGGUGCUAAUGGACAUCCAGGAACUGGCGAUUCACUUGGACAUUUAGCAAAAUUAUUGGCUAAUAUGCAUUAUAUGUCUUCGGAUCUACAGUAUCAAACACGGAAUCUUCCUUCUGAUCCAUUGCUCCUGGGUUCAUUGGCAAAAUCUUUGUCUUGGCCGGAUACUUCGAUUUGUUCAAAAGCUGCCCAAUGGAUAUCAACUCUUGUGGAAUUGUUAACCAACGCAGUCGCUCAGAAUGGUUGUGGUCCAAAAGUUGCUACCACACCUUUACCUGCUCCAGUAGCAGAAUCUAUGUUACUAGGAAUUCUAUGUGGUCUACACGUGAAUGGUAGAAAUGCUGAGAAUGCUCUCAGCUGUUUAUUAUAUGCUGGUAUUAAAACCUAUCUAGCUGUAGAUGUCAAUGUCGCAAGACGAAAUCUACGAUCUGUUUUCACUCGUAUUUUACUGAAUACUGUAAGCAAUGACGAAAGUAAAGAAGGUAAAAUACAACAACAAAUUCAGGUAUUUGAAGAAAAGAUGUUUGGUAACCAUGACAAACCUAUGACCAUGAGAGGAAAACGUGAUGCUUUAAAAAGCUAGUCGAUCCUAUUAUUGGAGUUCCUCUCAGUCAACGUUUUCGUAAUGAAGUACAAGUACAUAAUCUGCCUCCAUUACAUCGUCCUAAAUGGAUUCGUUCACGGGAAUACAAAAGUGCCAUACAAAUUGACAAUGAUUUUGGCCUUACUAAUUUAUUCUCAAAUGGGACUAGUUAAAUUAUUGUUGUAAAAUGACUAAAAAUUGCGUUAUAGAUCUUUUUUUAUAUGAGAUAAAAUGCACAAUAAUAAUGUAUAUUUCUG